AUGGAUAGCAAUCGGACAAUCCAGAGAAUCGAUACAAUGCCGAUGAAACUGUACUAUCGGCAAUAUUCGAAGUCAGAGGAUGAGGACAAGGUAGAACCGAUCGAAACCGCUUACAGGACAACCGACACGGCGACGUUGAAUUACUUGAAGCAUCACGAUCCAAAUAUACCUUAUCCCAUUAACACUGUACAUCUGCAGAACCCGUACAAACAUCCUCUUAAAUUCGAAGGAUACGCCACUGGAGAGAUUUUCAAAGUUCGACCAGCUUCGUUCAAGGUUAUGUACCGCUCGAAGGAUACAGCGUUGAGGUCCAGAUACAACAAGAACAAAUUCAUCAAGAAAGAAAGUCCUCUGACGCAACAUUACGAUUACGAUGAUGACAAGAGCACAAGUAAAAAUGAUAAUCAACGAUGGACGAAACUUACGAACAUUAUGAAACAAUACUGUAUGAAUAGUACUCUUCAUGGUUUGCGUUAUGUAGGAGACUCGAGCUUGUCUAUCAUCGAAAGAAUCUUCUGGAUAAUUUCCUUUACAUUAGCGGUUUUAACAGCCGCUUAUUACAUAUGGCUUCUGUAUCAAAGGUGGGUCUCGACACCCAUUAUUAUCGCUCUCAGUCCAGAAUCAGUGUCCUUGGAUCAGUUUCCGUUCCCAUCGGUAACCAUUUGUAACAUGAAUAAUGUGAAAAAGAGCGAGGCAAAUCGCAUAAUCGCUGGGAACGAUAUACGAAAGAAACAAUUAUUGGAUGAUAAGUGCAGUAUUGAAAAUAGCUCGGCUCACAAUGUCAAUGAAAAUAUGAUAACUUGGGACAACAUUUUUCAUUUCAUGGUCAAUGUGUCGCAGUCUUGCACAGAGAUGCUACAUUUGUGUAAAUGGUAUGGGAAUAUCACUGAUUGCGAGAAAAUUUUUAAUCCCACUUUGACAGACGAAGGAAUGUGUUGUAAUUUCAACUCGGUUGAGAGAAAGUAUUUGUUUUACAACCCCAGACGUGACUGGUCUGACAUCAAUAUGACGUUUCCAUUCAAUAACAGCAUCGACUGGAAUCCUGAAACCGGAUAUGGUGACGAUGUAUCGCCAGAUUCCAUUCCAUGGAGACCCUAUGGUGCCGGACAAUUCUAUGGUCUGACUCUGGUUCUUGAUGUAAAUAUAGAUGAAUACUACUGUUCGUCCACGGCUAGCGUUGGUUUCAAGAUGUUGCUGCAUAAUCCGGUAGAAACACCAAAGAUCGCCGAAUUCGCAUUCACUGUCACUCCGGGUGAAGAGACUAGAGUAAUCGUAGCGCCCCGGAUAUCAGCCGCCAGCAAGUCAAUAAUUAGCAUUCCUCUGAGAAAGAGAAAGUGCUUCUUCACUUCUGAGAGGAAGCUACGUUACUACAGGACCUAUACGCAAAGGAACUGCGUCCUUGAAUGCGAAGCGAAUUUCACACAGAAGCUUUGUCAUUGUGUCCAAUAUUACAUGCCCAAAUCUUCCAACACACAAAUCUGCGAGAAGAAGGAUGACAAGUGUGCAACGAGCGCUCGUAGAGCAAUGGAAGUCAAACUUUAUGACGACGAUAUGCGGAUAGGCUCCUUAAAUGUCUCUGAAACACCCAGCUGUAAUUGUUAUCCAGGAUGCUUCGAGAUCGGUUACAACGUAGAAAUCUCACAAAGCAAAUUGGUGCCCACUUUCAUAAUUCCUGACACCUACGUAAAGAAAAGCAAAGACUAUUUCGCGUAAUUCUAUUCGUUCCUUCGAUUUAAUACAAUUCGUAUUAUCAAUUAAUCAAUGAUAAUGAUAAUGAUUGGAAUGGCUUUUUUUUCACUUAGUAAAAACAUGGCGGUAGUCCAUCUGUUUUUCGUCGAUUCUCAAUUCACGAAGUACAUGAAAAACGAGUUGUUUGGUUUCACAGAAUUUCUAUGUAAGUAUGUUUCAAUUUUUUUCUUGUAUUUUGGGCGUAAUAUAUAGUCUACUUUUACAAGAGCAUACUGUGGCUUGAUAUCUCUGAAAAAAAUUGGCGCAUUUCUUGCAAAUAUGUCAAUUUUUUUCAGAGAUACCGACAGUACGUAUUAAACUGAUGAUCAAAAUGCUGAGUUUAGACAAUAGAGGGCUUUCUAGCGUUAUCUACUCGUAUACGUUUCUAUCUAAUCCUCUCUUAUUAGUUCACGUGAAUCUCUGGAUAUAGUUUCAGUAUCUAUCGUACUGUAUAAAUUUUCUAACGUUAAAAAUUUGUUGUGAUGAUAGCAAUUUAACAAUAUAAAAAUAUAACUGACGAAGAACAUAAACAAAAUAGUUAAUAAAUGUUUUUUACAUUAUCAAUUGUUAUAAAUGAAAGACAACAAACAAUAUAACCGCGCAAAAUGAUGCCUUUUUAUAAAUGGCAACAUUUAUAUUUAACACAACAUGAUUAUUAUAAUAUAUUCAAACUUCAUUAACAUUCGAAGAGAUUAAAGACAGAAGAAUAUAGAACUAGAAUAUACUUCAUCGAGUAAUAUAGAACAGAAUAUACUUCUAAACUAAACUAUUAUAUAGUAAUAUAGAACUAUAUUAGUUCUAUAUUAGAACAACUAAUAAUAUAGAACAGAAUAUACUUCUGAACUAAAAUAUAGAACAGAAUAUACUUCAUCGAGUAAUGCAAAUCAAUUAAAAAAUUGAAAACGAAAAGCAAUGAAAAUGGAAUAACAUGAAGAUAAUUAAUACUUUUAAAAUUUCGAGAUACAUUAAGAAAAAUACUAAUUAUAAUUUGAACAAAUUUUGUAAUCUUGAUUCAAUGGAAUGUUUAAAAGUUGCGACUGAACAGAUGUGGCAUACAUAAAAUGAAAUCAAGUAUUAUGGAGGAGUGAGAUGUGACAAAAGCACGUAAUUCAUAAUUAUAAAAAACUGAAAAGCUCAAGGAUCUCAUUUGUACAAUUGUUUGUACACAGCUAGCACAGGUGGCUUGUUGGGCCUCUUCAUGGGUUUUAGUUUCCUCUCUUUGGUGGAAAUUGUGUAUUUCGUGACAUUGCGGCUCUGGUGUCGCGUGUACAAAAGCAGGCACGCUCCUCGUGAUAACAUUCUUCACGUGCAACCAUUCGAUUCGAGUACUAACCUCGUUUAUCCUUUUGUACAAUGAUUUACUUUGACUUUCAUUUUGAAGAAAGAAAAGGUUAUUGUCAUUAGUAUGUAGAUACAUGUUUGAUUGAUGAAAACACAGAUAUUACAUAACUUGUAUGAUGAAUUUCUAAAAAUGUACUUGCAAAGGAUAUAUUUAAAUAUAUGUGAUUUUUGUAACUGAUGUAUCCAGUUUCAUUGUUUCAUCAUUAUUUAAGUUUUCUAUUGUUCCAUAUGUAGUACAAAUUAAUAACGAACAGAAGCUAUGUUUCACACAAAUAAGAUUAUAAAUUCUUAAUUUUCCAAUACACUAAAAUAAUAGAUUUCAAAUUAUAUUUCAAUUAUAUAUCAAAUUGGAUAUACUUAAAAUUUUCAGGAAUUACAUUAAUAUAACUUAAUUUUGUAGACAGAACGGGUUGA